UGUUGUUGGAGCAACAUGGUGUAUUUAUUGAUGUUUUUGCCCUCCGCCUCUAGGAGCUGGUACACAAAGGUACAGCCUUCGUGACGUCACUCCUCAUCCGCGGCAGAGAGAGAGAGCGGCGGCGAUCCGCUGCGGAGGAUGCCUACCCCGCUGCGGGGAUAACCGCCAGGCGAGAUGGCCGUUACUUUCUUCCUCGUCACAUCCCGCACCGCGACGACCCCUCGGCACCCAUGAAGCCCCCGUUGAUGAAGCCAAAACCGGCCAAAGCAAGGCGGAAAGAGGCCACUGAGCGAGAGAAUGUACUGGCGCGUCGGGUUCGCCUGGACGCGCUCGUGUGUGGUUGAUCUUGGCCGGAACCAGAGCUUCUCCUUCGGCCUGGGCGGCUCCGAUGAGCAGCUCUCGUUUUAUGGGUACAUCAUCGCCUACCCUCUGCAGGACUACGGCGGGAUCAUGUCGGCCCUUGGGUCGGACUCGUGGUGGCGGAAAACGCUUUAUCUUGCCGGGGGCGCUCUGCUCGCCACCGCUGCCUAUCUAUUGCACGAGCUGCUCGCCAUCAGGAAAGAACAGGAGCUGAACUCUAAAGAUGCCAUCAUCCUUCACCAGUUCUCCAGGCCAAAGAGCGGAGUCCCUUCUCUCUCCCCCUUCUGCCUCAAGAUAGAAACCUACCUACGCAUGGUAGACCUGCCCUACCAGAACUACUUUGAUGGGAAGCUUUCUCCCCAGGGGAAGAUGCCAUGGAUAGAGUACAACCAGGAGCAGGUGUCUGGUACAGAGUUCAUCAUCGACUUCCUGGAGGAGAAGCUGGGCGUGAGCCUCAACAAGAACCUCAGUUCCCAGGAGAAGGCUGUGUCCCGGGCUGUCACGAAGAUGGUGGAGGAACACUUCUACUGGACCAUAGCGUACUGUCAGUGGGUGGACAACCUGGAGGAGACACAGAAGAUGCUGGCGGUGAGCGGGCCGCUGAGUGACCUACUCAAGUGGAUCCUGAGUCACCUGACCGGCGGCAUCGUGAAGAGAGAGAUGUACGGCCACGGGAUUGGACGGUUCACUAGGGAGGAGGUCUACACUCUGAUGGAAAAAGACAUGCGGACGCUGGCCACCCUGCUCGGUGAUAAGAAGUACCUGAUGGGUCCUAAGCUGUCCAUGGUGGAUGCCACUGUGUUCAGCCAUCUAGCCCCUGCUAUGUGGACCCUGCCGGGCACACGGCCAGAGCAACUCAUCAAAGGCGAGCUGAUCAACCUGGCCAUGUACUGUGAGAGGAUCCGCCGGCGCUUCUGGCCCGAGUGGUUCGUUGAUCUGGAGGACUUCUGUUACGAUGACACCACAGAGGACGAUGACUCCCUGUCCAAACUCCAAGACCUGGGGCUGUAUUCCCGCACAGACACCUUCCAGGAUGAGGCCAGUCCUCCUCACACACACACACACACACACACAAUCUCCCCAGACAGUGACCGCACAGGCCACUCGCUCUACGACUCGGACAUGGACACGGAGUGCUCCGAGAUGGAGCAGCUCAAGUGUUGACCGCCAUAUGACUCACACACAACACACACACACCGCCCCCAUACAGUGCCCUCUACCUGUUGAGGAGGGAAUAACUACUGGGGAGCAUUUCUAUUGCCAGUGGCUGUUGUUGCCUGUGCUAAUGAGGGAUGGUAUCAGAGCUUCUACACACAAUGUGAUAGAGGAACAAAAGACUGAAUAUUGAGAUAAAGGAAUAGCAAGAUUGAGAAGAUAAGGGUAAUAUAGCAAUAGAGAAAGAGCCCAAGAGGGAUAGAGAGAGGAAAAGAUCAACCUGGAAGAGAUAAAAGGGAAAGAGAGGAUGGAGAACAGAGUUGCAAAAGAAAGAUCAGGAAUUAAUGACGCAAUCACUGAGAAACUCCUCCACCUGGGUGAUGUCAACACCUGUCGCCCAGUUUCCUGUUGUCGAGUUGCUCUUCCCACGGCAACCAUGUGUGUUUGACAUACUGACCCCUGACUUGCAUCCUUGCAAAAUAUGAGUCAUUAUCUUGAUAUUAUAUAUGAUAUGUGGGGAACUGUUCAGGCAAGAUGUGAAUGAGUACAGUUCAAUAUGAGUAUAAAUAGUAUAGAUAGCCUGCAAAAUAUAUAUAUUAUCCCAAUGUCCUAUAAUGUAAAUACUCUGUGUGGUUCUUCUGUACAACCUCUCAGUGCUUGUUUGAUAUGACCAAACUUCCUGGUGACCUUCAACUAACCCCUUGUGCUGGUCUAGGUUUUAGGAAUUCUAAUGCAUCUAUUUCUACCCAGAUGACUGACACUUUGCAUCUGCAGUCAGGUCUUAACCCAUCAUUGAGUAUUUCGUCAGUCCUUUGUAGAAUGGUCAUUGAUGUUGAGGGCGAGUUGGAUUCAUCUCAAUAAUCUAAAGUGGAUUCAUCUCAAUAAUCUAAAGUGACUUCCUUUCCUCAUCUCCUCUCCUUCAUCUGCACAGAUCUGAAAACUUUGGAUAGGUGAAAGCAAUAUGGUAGAUGAUUACUGGAACUUUAUUCCACUUGUCCAAUUCUUUCACAUCAGAUGAAGAAGAGGAGGAGAGGCGGCUACAUGAGAUCUUUAGUUGUGUGUAUGUACAUUCAGCCAUUGAGAGCGGAUGAAAUAACCAUGUAGAAAUAGACUAAAUAGACUAGAUAUACUUGGAGGUGCAUGGCUAAUAGGUGCCAAUGAAAAUCACACUACCCUGCUGGUUAUCUGUUAUCUACGUUUCUACGCUUCCCUGUUUUAAUGUUUAUUGUGAUGCAGUGUGUGUGUGUGCCUCAGGCCAGAGAAAGCGAACAAAGAUGCAAUAGAUUGAAAUAACUAUUAGGCCUUUGCCCAGCCUCUUCUGUUCUCAUCAAAUACAUGGCGUGUCUACUCCCCUUUUAGAAUGAAUUGAUUCUAGAAAUAGAAGGAAUAGAAUGGCCAUUGUUACUUAUAGCAUCAAUUCACUCUGUGCUAUGCAUGAAACAACUACUAUAAUCCACAGUGUUGAUUGCCAGUCUUAUUUAAUAGUAGGCUACAGUAUGUGGAAUAGUGAAACAGUCUACUCUAAUCUUUCUAUUUCUAGUGCAUUGCUGAUGUAUGAUGGUGAGAUGUGGACAUUACAAGUGUUUGUCAGUCAGCGGACGCUUCUGGGUCCUGUGUGUGCGUGUAACAGAGGGUGUAGAAUUCUGUCCAUAUGGUGCAUCAAUGAGUCAUCGUACCUUGUGAGUUGAUUUUGAGGCGUACACCAUUUAUUCAUGCUGGGUGCUAACAGCUGACCCUAUACAGAUACAGACACAGAUACAGCCAGAUACAGAUACAUACACAGAUGCAUACAGAUACAGACACAUAUACAUACAGAUACAUACACAGAUACAUACAGACACAUACAGAUACAGACGCAGAUACAGACACAUACAGACAUAGAUAUAGACACAGAUAUACAUAGAGACACAGAUACAGACACAGAUAUAGAUACAGACACAGAUACAGACACAUAUACAGAUACAGACACAGAUACAGACACAGAUACAGACACAGACACAGACACAGACACAGACACAGAUACAGAUACAGAUACAGACACAGAUACAGAUACAGACACAGACACAGAUACAGACACAGAUAUAAACACAGAUACAGAUACAGACACAGAUAUAAACACAGAUACAGAUACAGAUACAGAUACAGACACAGAUACAGACACAGAUAUAAACACAGAUACAGAUACAGCUACAUGGCCACAGUAGAACACACAGAGACAGGACUCUCAUCUGUUCUAACGGUCGCAGCAGAGAAUAGUAAUGAAUGAGUAGUGAAGUAUUGGGUUCUCUUCAGGGCAGGUGUAGACGUUAGUAUGGAAACGAUGAUGAUUGUAAUGGUUAUGAUGGUGAUGUUUAUGAUGAUACGAUGACGAUCCUCUGCAAACCUUAUUAAGAAGUUUACUCUCCUGACCACAUCUUACUACAAAAGUCCUCCAUGCGGGGUAAAAGAGUGUGAAUGUACACAGUGAUACAUAAGCCUUUGUGUGUAGACGAUGCAUCAGUCUGUCACUGUCUGUGCCCCUAUACCCUGCCUGCAUGUUUCUUGCCUUCACUUAUACGAGCCAUGUGAGAGACACAGCCUUAUGGAUUUACUGUAAGGCCUAGGUGUUUGUUUACCUUUUAAGCCAGUGAAAGCAUAUAAUUUAUGUAUUUUAUAUGUACAUUAUUUAUUUUCUAUUUAUUUGUUUUCUAUUUGUUUUGUGUAUUCAUGUUUAUUGAUUCUGUUGUUUUACAUUUGGGGGUGAUGUUAUAAUGAGGCAUUAUUUGACUCUAUUAGUAAUGUAGCUAUUUAUUUUCUUAUAUUUUUGUACUUUUGUUCUAUUGCUGCCAAUUCUGGUUUUGUUUAGAUUCUCUCCUAUUUGAACAUGGUAAAGAGUGGAGUGUGAUUGGAUGUCUAUGUUGUGUGCGGACCUCUUAUUCUACUGGAACUGGGUUGCCAUUGGUUUGUCAGAACUAUGUUAUAAUCUAAAUCUCAACCUGAAGCAAACCUCUCUUAAUGGUUGCCAGAAUCGUGACAUGUUCAAUGUUUGAUGAAUGCUGAACUAACAAUGCUGAACUGUUUGGUGAAUGCUGAACUAACAAUGCUGAACUGUUUGGUGAAUGCUGAACUUUGGUAGUUGGGUUUAGGCUUGAGUCUAAACCAAACUACCAAAUGACCUGUGAGUUUCAUUGGGGCAUGCUUAUGUCCCUUAUCUAGUACACUGGCGUAGCAAACACACCUGCAGCUUGUGGAUCCCCAAUUUCCCCCCCCCUGCAAAUUAUUAUU